AUGCCGCGUUUUUUCUGUGAUUACUGUCACUCGUACCUUACCCAUGACACCCCAAGUGUUCGGAAAAGCCAUCUACUGGGCAAAAACCAUGUCCGACUAGCAGGCGACUAUUACUGCAACAAGGCCCGACAAGUGCGACAGGACUGGCUGCCGAGAACUCAGAGGCCCAAACGCUUGCGGAAACGUGCGGCCAAACCAUCUUUUCCAGAAAAAGGGCCACAACCUCGAAAAUUCACACUCCAUUGCGACACCAACCGUCAGAAUCGAUCUGCGCAUCAAUUUGACGCGAUUCGGAAUGAGCAACUUGAAACAGGGACUCAGGUGCUAGAAAAACUGUAUGCGAAAUCGCCAGGAUACGCCAAAGUCUUCAGAUCCGAGUGUCGUCUCGACACCGGAGAGUCCGUACAGAUGGACAAGCUGCCGCAGAGAGCGAAUCGUCGUCCGUUCCAAAAUGGCGGCGAUACCAACGCCAACGGGACGUCUGCUGCUGCCACUACGACCAGCAAGGCCUCGGCCCACGCUCUUCGCGCCCGCAACUUUGCACCGGAUUACGCUUCUUCGCGAAGCCUGGCACUGCUGCCACCACCACCAUCGCUUUCACAGUGGCCCUCGUGUCCACCACUACUGCUGGCAAGCGACAGAGCUGCCACCACCACGCUUAGGGACGUGACACGCAAGCUUGAGCGUCGUUGA